CCAUGUGACGUCAUGUAGGUUUUUAAUGAUUAGUUUUUCCAUAGGGCUCAGCAAACCAUGGAUAGUUUGAGGCGUUUACGGGUCCAGUUUCCUAUAACAGUAUUAUUGUCAUGUAUGUUUACAUUGUCCUCCGGCAGCGAAAUGAAUUUUGUAACGUGCGGGUCGGUCGUGAAGCUGCUCAACGUGAAACACAACGUCAGAUUACACUCUCAUGAUGUCCGCUAUGGAUCUGGUAGUGGUCAGCAGUCAGUGACCGGUGUGACCGCAGUAGAGGACAGCAACAGUUACUGGAGUGUGCGGGGCACCAGUGAUGCUGUGUGUCAUCGAGGGACUCCGGUACAAUGUGGACAAAACAUCCGAUUGACCCAUGUGAACACGGGCCGCAAUCUACACAGCCACUACUUUACUUCUCCUCUUUCUUCAAAUCAGGAGGUCAGUGCCUUUGGUGAGAACGGCGAGGGUGACCAUCUGGAUGAGUGGACUGUUUUGUGUACUGGCUCUGUUUGGCAGCGGGAUGAGUCCAUUCGGUUCCGCCACACGGCCACUGAGGCUCUGCUGUCUGUGACGGGUGAACAGUACGGCAGACCCAUCCACGGCCAGAGAGAAGUGCACGGCAUGAUGGUCAGCAGCUCACACAGCUACUGGAAAACAAUGGAGGGCGUCUUCAUGAAACCCAGUGAGACUGGAUCCAGGGAUUUCACCAGUCCAUUACACACUGAGUUUUAAAGAAAUGCUUCAUACAAGCUGAAUCUGUUGGACUCUAUUGGUUUUCCUUUACCUACUGGCCCAGAAGAGGAGCCUUGAGCUGUUAUGAAAAAGAGUUUUAGAAUCAAAUUGUGCCUCAUGUUUGUUUUUUUUUAAACACUUUUAAGCAUAUGAUUUUACACUGUUUGGGGUCAGUAAGGAUUAUUAAGGUUUUGACAAAAAUAUGACACAUCACAACUGUUUUCAACAUUGAUAAUAAUAAGAAAUCAGCAUAUUAGAAUGAUUUCUGAAGAAUCAUGUGACACUGAAUUCUGGAGUAAUGGCUGCUGAAAAUUCAGAUUUGCUAUCACGGGUUAAAUUAUAUUUUAAAACAUAUUAAAAUAGGAAACAGUUAUUUUAAAUUUUAAAUUGUAAUAAUAUUUCACAAUAUUAAUGCUUUUACUGCAUUUUGAUUAAAUAAAUGCAGGCUAGGUGAGCAGAAGAAUUUUUUAGAAACUUAAAAUCUUACUGACCCUAAACUUUUUAAAGGUGAACAGUAAUUUAAUUUUAAAAAUUGGAAGAAAUUUUUAAACAAAUAUUUAGAUUUUUGGAAUGCAGAAAGAAGCCACUUUUAGCUUUUUAAGCAUUUUUAAAUUAAUUCCACAAUCUUACAGAUUUCAUAAUUAUGAGGCAAAAGUUCAUUCAGAGUUUUAACCUUUGACAGUAUUUAAUAGCCAUUAAAAUAGAAAAACCAUGGCCAUCUGUUUGCAUCUUACAAGUACUAUUAAUUAUAUAUAUAAAAAAAAUCUUUAAAUCAUAAAUUUGGCCCACAGCUGUUCUCAAAAACAUUUAAAACUGGGAAAAUAUUAAUUAAUUAUACCGGACAAGCUGGAAAUCACUUGAAUAGCUUGAUGCUGACCUGUGAAAACACUACAGAAGCAAUGCUACUUCAUGUUGCAGCAGUAUUAACAUUAGUCUCACUGAAAGACUUGCAGUUAUGUGGUGCUGAUAAAAUGAUAUUUUAGGCUAUUUUUUGUAAAGGAAGCUGUGAGUUACUUAUAACAAAAGCUCCUUUAAAGCCAUUAGUAUUAUACUUGCACUUGCACACCUUAAGUAACGUCUUUUUUGCCACUAAAAUCAUUCAUUUUUGUCUCUAAAUGUGUGAUUGAAAUUACAUUAAGUGCCUUUUUACUAUUAACACAUAUACCAUGAUUACAUGUACUGUAGAUGCUGUCAAAUUUUAAGUGACCUGUAAACUUUUUUGUUCUGUUUACAUGGUUGGAGUCACAGCUGUACACCAUUUGACUUGGUAACUACACACGGUACCAACUGGCAAACAUUAGUACAGAUUUUGAAGUAGAAAACAGCCUUUAGAGUUUAUUACCUCAGACAGAUGGUUUGUGUGAACAUGCUGUUUUGUAGAUGCUUUAAAUUAAAGACAUCAAGACUUC